AUGCAAUUUUCCUCGAUGCUCCUCGGCCUAUUGGCCCUGACGGUUUCUACUGUCUAUGGCACUGCAUUGACAUACAAGUUGGGUGCCAGUGAGAAGGCAUGCUUCUUUACCAACAUUGAGAUUGGCCAGGCCAAAAUCGCAUUUUACUUCGCAGUCCAAUCCGGCGGCUCGUUCGAUGUCGAUUACGCGGUGGUCGGACCAAAUGACAAGAGGAUAAUGGAAGGGCAGAAGGAACGACAAGGAGAUUUCGUCUUCACCGCGCAGACUGUUGGAGAGUACCGCUUCUGUUUCAGCAAUGAAAUGUCGACCUAUGCAGACAAGAUGGUGGACUUUGAAAUUGCAGUCGAGCACGAAUCCAAGUCGGCCUUAUUACCCCAGAAGGCCGGUUCCAGCCCUGAACAGCACUCCUCCCUCGAGGACUCCAUCUUCAAAGUGAGCGGGCAAUUAAGUACCAUCAGUCGGAUGCAGAAGUAUUUCAGGACAAGAGAAAACCGCAAUUUCAGCACAGUCCGAAGUACAGAACAGCGAAUCUUCAAUUUCAGCUUGAUUGAAGUGAUCAUGAUGGUGGGGAUGGCCGUCUUGCAGGUCUUGGUGGUCAGAUUCUUCUUUCAAGGAGCCAGAAAAGGCUAUGUAUGA